AACAUACAAUGUCUUGGGAUGCUUAUGUAACAAAUUUGACAGCCAAUGGCGCACUUGAAUAUGCAGCCAUCAUUGGAACAGACGGAAACAUCUGGGCUAGCAAUUUUGGUGUUGCUGCUCUCCCAUCCUAUUAAACCGAAGUACCAGAUGAGAAAAAUCCAGACAUCACAACCAAAGUUGCUUAUGAUGAAAAGGCUGCUUUUGUUCACGCUCUUACUCACAAAGGAGAGUCAGGAAAUGCUGCCGGAGUUAGAAUCAACAAUCAAAAGUAUUAUUCAGUUAAUUUCGAUGGAGAGUCCAAGUCCUGGUACUUAAAGAAGGUAUUUCAAACAUUCAUUAUCUUAGAAUAAAGGAGGAGCUUGUGUUGCUUGGUCUAAUACAGUUGCUGUCUUUGCUUCAUUCUCCCAAACCCUCAAUGCUGAAAAUGGAGCUCCUUAGAAUGCUAGCGAUUGCAACAAGAGAGUCCUGGAUAUGGCAAAGUACCUUGCUGAAUCUGGAUAUUGAGUAGUUAUGUUAACACAUACAAUUAUAAAUACAUUCCUAUAUA